AUGUUGCUCAGGGCGUUCAUCAAACCUUCCAAAACUUUUGCUGCUACUCUCGGCUCUACCACUGCCAGAAGAAUGAAUUCAUCAUUAAUUGGACAAUUGAAGACCCUUGAUGAACUUAAUAGCGCCAUCAAAUCCGAAAAAUUGACUUUCGUGGACUUUUAUGCCACCUGGUGUGGUCCGUGCAAAGCGGUCUCUCCAAUCCUCGAGAAAUUGGCGGUCGAAUACCCAAAUGUCCAAUUCAGAAAAGUUGAUGUUGAUGAGAGUGAUGAUUUGGCUAUGGAAUACGGGGUCAGUGCCAUGCCAACUUUUGUGUUGUUCAAGGACGAUAAGCCUAUCGGUAAAAUCAUCGGGGCUAAUGUCAAUGCCAUCCAAAAGGCAUUGAAGCAAUAUGCUUGA